CCCAACGCGCCGGACAACCGCGCGACUUUGAGCGGGAUCUAUCAGUUCAUCAUGGACCGCUUCCCUUAUUACCAUGACAACAAGCAGGGCUGGCAGAACUCAAUCCGCCACAACCUUUCGCUGAACGACUGCUUCAUCAAAGUGCCCAGAGAAAAAGGGCGACCGGGGAAGGGCAGCUACUGGACGCUGGACACCAAAUGCCUGGACAUGUUCGAUAACGGAAACUACCGGCGACGGAAGAGAAAGUGCAGGACUCAGGAAACGGGAGAGACUAAAAUCGGGCAUAAGAGAAGCCGAGCGACGACCCUGAACUCUAAACUUCAUCAAAGCGUCCAUUUGGAGAAAGAGUCACCGCUUAAGGUCUCAGAAAUAAGCAAGCGGCAACACGAAAAACAUCCCGGAAAAGAUCUAAACAUCCACGAGAAGUAUAACGGCACCCAACAACAAAAUAGCGAGGCUAAUGUGGCCACACACGCCUCCGACUCCACGAAGGACUGGUGUUUAGCACCCUCGACCACAGCGGGCACUAAACCAAGAUGCCCGACGCCUGAACAGACCAGCACAGUGUCUCUGAACAAUCUAAAUGGCACAAACACUGCGCCUUUAAACGCGCGAGAGACGCCGGUACCCGUGAUGAAUGACAUUGGAAGCGCGCAAACCGGAGACGCCAAAUCCAAAGAAACGAAUGCUCAGACGCACCCUCGAAAAACAACAGACAAAUCGAAGGAGUUUAGCAUUGACAGUAUUCUGUCAAAAAGGGAGAACCAGUUCCAAAGAAGGUGCGGCGUUGCCGGAGGAGCGCAGGUCGCGUGUUUGGAGUCGCGCGGUUACGCACUCACGUCGUCGCUGAUCUCACACGCGCACCCACAGCUGUACCCGCGCGGAUUCCCGCUCUGCUCCUACCUGUCUCUCACCUGUCCGGACAAAACACUGAACUUCAGAGAGAAAACAGAUGAGAAAUUAUUCUUUUGACGACACUUGACGAAUCCCAGACGGUAGCAAAGCAAUUCAGCCGUCUAAUCGAGAAUGCGGGGUUAUUUCAACCCAGCUUUGGGUCAAAUUUGGACUAACCCAACUUUUGGGUUAAAAAUGUAAUGUAAAAAUGUAACCCAACGGUUGAGUUAGUCCACAACCCAGCAUUUUUUAGAGUGUAGUUUAAUGUCUACAGAGAUUCGCUGAAUUCUAUAUCAGCAACAUUCUUAUUUUCUGUAUUUUUUUAAAUGAUAAUUGCAAACAAAAACAGAUCUAUACAUAAACAUAUCUAUCAAGCGUUCAGGCUAAAACUACUAUUAUUAUUUAUACUGCUAUUAUUGUUGUCGUUGUGGAAUUCAACAUCGGUGGCCACUCUAAAGGACAGUAUACUGUACAGUAUACUAACAGUAGUUCAUUCUAAUAAUGUGUAUACUAUGAUCAAGAACGCACUCGUUGUCUUUGCAAACCAUCCUGAGCACAAUGUCUUAAAAUGAUAAUGUUUAUAUGAACAAGGUUCCUCUUAGAACAAAUUGCAUCGUGCUGUUGUUCUUGUCCUCUCCUCUACAACUCUACAACCACAGAUACACAAAAAACUCAAACCUGAUUUACUGCUUAAUGAUUCAUUUGUGGAAAGAAAAGAAAACGAACUAGUUUGUACCUUGGACUUUCAAUUUGUAUUGAGAUCUGUGUUGAAAAAGAGAACUCAAUUCUUUAAAUAAACAAUGAGUAUGAGUAAAACCUUGUUGAAAUAAACAUCUUCAAUUGAAACCCCCAAAGAAACCCAGUUUUAUGGAGGUGAAAUUUAUAUCAGUAAGAGGAACUUACAAUUGUGCUUUCUUUAAUAUGUUUUACUUAAUAAAGUGCUUUUUGGGGCAAGUAUUUAGGUAUUCGUAAUAAUGAAUGAAAGACAUGUCAUUUUUCUAUAUAGCCAACUUAGCUAUUAUUUGUUGCUAUGGGACUAUGCAUAAUCCUCAACUGUGAAACUAGUCUACCACAUGUAUUUCCUGCCACCAUAUAUAGCCAUAAGUGCUUUUUGAACUGAAAGGUCUAAGCCUCACUGAGUGCAAAUCAGGAAUGCUUGUGGAAAUAAAUAAGCUUCCCCACAUUCAAGCAGAGGAACUCACAUCCACAAGCAUUUCCUGUGUAUAGGAUUCUUUCGGUCAGAAGUGUAAAUAGAGCGUCAUCCAUCUAAAGGUUUGUAGAGAGAAAGAGACUACAUCUCUCAAUCUGCUGCCUCCGUCUGUCCUCCUCUUCACAGAUGGGCUCCUUAGAUGGAGCAGUUUGCAGGACUCUGCUGGACCGCAGCCCUGAAUUUGCCAUGAUCAUUAGGAAAUACUGCUAUCUCUAAGGUGAUCUUUAAGAUUAUUAAAAG